AUGACUCGAUACCUACAGGUAGUUCAAGUCCGGCUGCCGUGGGGUAGUGAGUGGCCAGUUGCUACUGUUGUAUUGGUCUGGAUCACAAUGAAAAUUUUUGCAAGAUGUUAUCGAUUACCUUAUUUAAGAGCUCAUGGGCCUCGUCAGGUACCCGUCUCCCACAUUCAACGGCAACAGUUCAGCGUCAGCCUUCAACUUACACUUAAGAGCGGACGAGAGGCACUCUACUUACGGCUGACGAUGUGGAAGAUACCGCUGAAUUUUAUCGUCUUACACUAUGCAUACAUUAUCUUCCUCGGGCUCCUUGGAAUAGUCGUCUUCUACCCAUAUGGCAACGUGAGCGCGAUCGACUCCUACUUCUUUGGGGCCAGCUCUUCUACAGAAUCAGGCCUAAACCCGGUUGAUGUGAAGGAUCUAAAGACCUACCAGCAGCUCUUCAUAUACUUUGUUCCACUGGUGUCUAACUUAGGCUUUGUCAAUAUUCUCAUCGUUGUAGUACGACUUUACUGGUUCGAGAAACGUUUGAAGGAAAUUGCGCCCUCUGUUCUUUGUCCACAGCCUGAUCAGUCCGAUAAGACAACAACUCAGUAUGAUCAAGAAGCGCAGCCAGACGAGGUUGGGAAAGAGACAGGUGGUGACAGUAACCCCGAAUCUGAGAACCGCAAUGCGGAGAAAUUCUCUAUAGAAGUCACAAUGGGCACGAUCGAUCAUUCUCGGCCCGAGUCAUUGGAGAACGACAGCGCUGAUGCUGAAUUCAAGAGGACAAUCACAUUCAGCGACACGUCAAAGGCCCUGUACAUCCCUUCGCCUCGUGAACGCGACAGAGGUCACCCUAUCAUCGAAGUCGACCUUAGCCCUAGUGAGCACAACGAUGACGAAGUACAGCCUGAUGAACGAGGCCAUCGCCGGCUUAGCAACGCAUCACUCGAUCGAAUUACUGCUGUGACAUUUGCAGACACCCCUACUAAGACCCGCGAAUCGCAGAUCCGACCAGCGAUCUCACUUUCUAAGGACUCAAACCUCCCAGGCCUCUCGUCGCAGGCUACUCUGGGGAGGAAUUCGCAAUUUCUGAACUUGACCGCAGAGGAUCGAGAACGGCUUGGUGGGAUUGAGUAUCGUAGUCUGCGAUUACUCUUGAAGAUCGUGAUGGGGUACUUUUUCGGGCUUCAUUUGAUUGGGAUUGUUUGUCUAGUUGCCUGGAUUCAGCACGCAAACCCUAAGUACAGAGACUAUCUCGAUGAAUGCGGGCAGAACAAGGUUUGGUGGGCUAUAUACUCUGCGCAAACCAUGGCCGAUAAUCUAGGGUUCACCCUGACGCCAGACUCGAUGGUAACAUUCCAGGACGCGGUAUUCCCCUUGUUCAUCAUGAGUUUCCUUGCAUAUGCUGGAAACACGCUCUAUCCAUGUUUUCUACGGCUUGUGAUUUGGACCAUGUACAAACUCGUUCCAGAGGACUCAUCUAUGAAAGAACCGCUGAACUUUCUCCUGAGCUAUCCACGCCGUUGCUACAUGCUUCUCUUCCGCAGCCGGCCAACAUGGCUCCUCUUCGGUAUCAUUUUCAUCAUGAACUUUGUCGACGUUCUUCUAAUUCUCCUCCUCGACCUCGACAACCCCGCCGUAAACAGCAUCUCUCCCGGUCCAAGGAUUAUGGCAGCAAUUUUCCAAGCCGCGUCAGCGCGGCAUACGGGUACUGCAUCGUUCAACCUAGCGGAUGUGAACCCGGCCGUUCAGUUCAGUCUCCUCGUUAUGAUGUACAUUGCGGUCUUCCCUAUUGCGAUUAGUGUUCGUGCCUCGAACAUAUACGAGGAGAAAGCCCUCGGUAUUUAUUCUACCGAACCCGAGACCGACGAGAAUAACGGUAGAGGUUAUGUCCUAACCCACGUGCGGAACCAAUUGAGCUUUGACCUGUGGUACAUAUUCUUGGGUAUCUUUUGCAUAUGUGUUGCGGAGUCGAAGAGGAUAAUGAAUCCUUCCGAGCCGGGCUUCUCCGUAUUCGCGAUUUUCUUCGAAGCAGUCUCCGCAUACGGAAAUGUUGGCCUCAGCCUAGGAUACCCCGGUGUUUCGACAUCGUUCAGCGCACAGUUCUCGAUCUUCAGUAAACUCGUGGUCUGUGCUUUGAUGAUCCGGGGUCGCCACCGUGGGCUGCCGAGCCAGCUUGACCGGGCUAUUCUUCUUCCUAGUGAACGUUUGGUGGAAGAUGACGACCAUGUCAACCCGGAGGCUGUAACACUGUAUAGGACCAAGAGUCUUAAAACAUCUGUCGCGAAGCCGUUGAUAAGACGGUAUCAUACUCAAUAA